AUGUACCGCGCCAUCGUCAGCCGAGGAAGCCAGCAGUGGAGGCCCGCCAUGGUCUCGCUCAGCGGCAGCCUGAGGGCAGUGUCCAACGCCCCCAGUGAGGCCAGGCUCGGCGACGGCGGCUACGGCGAGGUACUCGAGCGUCAGCAGGCCCGCGGCACCCACCACAGCGAGAAGCCCGGCGAGAACCACCCCGACCCGGCCAAGAUGCAGCGCAAGGGCGACGUACUCGAGCACGAGUCCAAGGGCCGCCCGCCCCUCGUGAUGGACAACGACUCUGACCUGUUGGAGGGCGACGAGUUCCAGCACUCCAAUCUCGAGGCCAACCUCAGCUGGAGGCGGGCCGACCCCAGCGUCUCCGAGUAG